AUGACAACAUGGAUUACUGAUUUCAUAGUUUACACCUCUAAUAAUAAAGAUUGCCCUGAUCACUUCAAUGGGUAUGAAAUGCACCUGCAAGAUCUUAACGAAAGUCAUGGCGGAAAAUUCAUAUAUGUCGGACGUAAACGUGAGAGAAUCAUCUCUGAAAAUCAUAAAAAUGCGGUAACUUCCUUACGGUUUCUCGCUUUCUCAGAUAAACAAAUAGAAAAACCAGUCGGUUGGGAAUUCUGGAAUUACCAUGACUUGAGCGAAGGUGCGGGAGGCAAAUUCAUUUAUAUGGUUUGGAAUAAGGGGGAAAAUGAGCUAAACCCUAUCAUAGAAAUCGAUUUUUGUGUCAGUGAAAGUAAGGAAAGUUAUGAAAGAAAGGGAAUAUCAAUUUCUAGUUCUCAAGGAUAUUCAGGUGUUUUUAAGAAAUCAAGUUUACGGAUUGUUGAAGGUACCCCAAUAUUUAGCAACAGCCCAAUUAACAAAUUAAUAAAAAUAAGCAAAAAAAAACGACCAAGUGCAUCAAAAUUUGCAGAAAAAGGUAAAUGGGAAUCCUUGUUGAGUGACAAUGAUCCUCCUUUUUAUAUUUGCCGCCCAACUGGAAAAUUUGAUAUUCCAUUGACACUAUGUCACCCUGUUUUUGAAAAGUUCAUGCUUGAUUGUGAAUCAACAUCAUUUGAUGAUGAAAGAAAAGAAAAAAUUUUCAAGUUAGCAUGUGCAAUGGGAGAUACUUAUGAUUCAGAAAAUGACAGGGAAAAAGAAUUUGAAAAUAAACUUAACAAUUUUUUGGGGUAUAAUAUAGAUGGAAAAGAUAGGAAGAAGAGGAAUUGUAAUGAAGAAGUUAGAUUUGAUGCAUUAGUAAAGUUAGAAUACUCAAAAUCAGAAAAGGAUGCCUUGUUGGUAGGAUUUGAAUACAAAAACGAAUCUUCGAAGGUUGAUCCAUAUGUGCAAAUCAGCACAUACUACCAAGAAUAUGUGGUUCAACAUGCUGAAGAUGAUGAAGACCUUAUCCUGAACACUUGCUUGCCAUCAGAAAAUCUUAUAGUCAGACCUGAUUUUUUUGAAUCAUGGAUAAAUCAACUGACAAGAAUAUUUUGUUCUUUACAUGAGGCGAUUAAAACUUUGGAAAAAUACUAUAGUGAAUGUUUAUUAGUUCCAGAAAAAAAGAUUGAUAGAAACGUGGGAAGGUUUCCGUGGAUAAGGUCAUACACAAAGGAUUCUUUAGUGGUAUCUUUUCAAUACAAAAAACGUUGUGUUGACAUUUUACAAAGUCUGGUGUAUCUUGUAGAAAAGAAUGACGAUACAAAACACAUAGUCAAGUUUUCUGGAACUUAUGGUUAUGAUGCACACAGUUUCUGUGCUGAACAUCAAAUAGCACCAAAAAUCAUUCAUUAUUCAGACAUAAAUUCUGGGUAUAAAUUUAUUGUAAUGGAAUAUCUUGAUGGAUAUGAGACUAUAAAUUCAUUGUUUUCAAAAGUAAAAAAAGAAGAUUUGAAGGAGAUAAAAAAUUCUAUAAAAGUUGCUGAUAGAUGGGUUAUAAAAAUUAUAGAUUUUGAAUGGGCAGGUCCAGAAGGAAAAAUUAGAUAUCCAUAUGUGACCAUGAAUCCAAAGAUCAAAUGGCACAAUGAAGUGAAACCUGGAAAUUUAAUUAGAAAAUCACAUGACAUACAUUUAUUAGAUGAAGGCUUUAUUACUCCUCAAUGA